GCAUAAUUUUGAAUCAUAUACUCAAACUUAUUAAUUUCGCAAUAGAAAGUUUCUAAUUUCGUUCCCAUUUUAACCCGAUUUUCAAGUUUUAACUUCAAAAUCUAAGUUCCAAAGUUCCACACAACAACCCUAUUCAGUUGAUGACAAAAAUAUGUAAUGUAGUAUGAUUCUGAUUAGAAUAAUUUUAUAAGGAAAAUUCAUGGUGAUUAAUUGAUUCUUAUGGAUUCAGGAGGACAUUUAUUUCCUGAUGCAGGAUUUCGAAGAAGAAACCUAAAAAGUCGAGUUUUAAAACCCUAGAAUGAACAUUGCGGUUCAGGGGUUAAAGUUUUUUCGUGUUUAAGUUAUCUUCAAAAUUUGGAGCAUCAAAAAAACCUUAUUUGGCACUGAAUUUGGCAAUAUUUGUGUUUACGCGGUGCGAAUUAGUUGAGCAGAGUUAAAGGAUGGUGAAUAAUACACGUUCUAAGGAAGGUGAAGUGGGUAAUUCAAAGAAAACGUUAGGUUGGAGAAAUGUAUCAUCAGCUCCUGUUUCAGAUGGUUCUGGGUUGAGGAGGUCCACUAGGUGUUCGAGCCCUGGUAAAGUCAGGAAGUCUGAGAGACUAGGAAAGAAGACACCGCCAUCGACCCCUUCUUCGAAGAAGAAAAAUGGGGGUAUGAUCCCGCCACGAAAUUCCAAUAAGGCUCCUUCUCCUAGUCAUAAAAGGAAAGUGGAGAAGGAGACGGGGAAGAGUAAACGAUUGAAACAACAUGAUAUGGUAGAUGAGAAGGAUAAGGAAAGGAAGACUUUGAAAGAGAAUGCUGAGGAUGCUACAGGACAAGGUAUGGAAAGUUCUGGUGAUGAAGUUGGUACUAAGAGGAAGAAGAGGUUAGAUGCUCGUCGUUAUAGAGAAAUGUUUAAGCCGUUGAAGAAGUUUAUACCACUAGAAUUAGAUGCUCAAGCUGAGAUUUCCUCAAAUUCUACAGCUGAAUCUAAAGAAGGGGUUUGCAAAGGUGAAGGUGAAAGAGAAAGCAAAGGUGAAAGCGAAGGCCAGAGUGAAAGAGAAGGCGAAGGUGAAAGUGAAGGCGGAAGCGAAGGCAAGGGCGAAAGCCAAGGUGAAGGUGAAGGUGAAGGUGAAGGCGAGGGUGAAGAAGAGGAAGAAGACAAGGGCAAGUGUGAAGGCGAAGGUGGAGAAGGUUUGCAGGUUUCUGGGGAUGACAAUAUCUUAUUUCAUUCGGCUGACAAAAUAUGUGACAAAAGUGAAGAGGUGGUAAUGAAUGGUGCAGAGAAACUUCAUGAAGAUAAUGGUUCGGCAUGUAAUCAGAAUGAAACUCCUCUUGCUGGAAAUGAAGGUGCGGGAACUUGCCUAUUGACUGCUCCACCCAUACCUUGCGAAACGAUUGAUUUGGCAGAUGCAUGUGCUAAAUGUCUGAAAAAGCGAAGUCUGGAUUUUGAUUCUCCAGAGCAAGAGCUUUGCUGUUGUUUUGCGAGCUUUGUAAAUGAGAUGGAUGAUUCCAAGGAUAAAGGGAAAUGUGAGACCCGUGUGACUACUACAGAGUGUGCUGAGGAACAUGUUCAAAAUAUUAGACAAGGUGAUUCUCUUUCUGAUGUUCAGGGGGUGAUUUGUGAUUCAUGCAAACUUGGUGGAAAGCUCUUGCACUGUGGUGGAAAAGGGUGCAGAAGAAGUUAUCAUUCAUCAUGUUUGAAAGAUCUAUAUAUUCCAAAUUGGUACUGCACUGAGUGCACUAAGAAAAAGCUGGCCCUUGAUGCGCAUUCUGUGUCACAAGGUGUCGAAUUGAUUUUGGAUGUUAGAGAAGUGCAGCUAUUGGCUGAAGGUAAUCAGAAGCAAAAGCAGUGCUUGAUCAAAUAUAAAGGUCUUGCCCAUAUUCAUAACCGCUGGAUACCAGAAAUGCAGUUGCUUCAUGAAGCCCCAGAAGUUCAUGCGAUGCUUGGAAAACCGAAAGAGUGGAAUCCAAAUUGGGUUGUGCCUCAUCGUCUACUGCAGAGAAGAUCAGUAAUUAUCGAUGAUUACCAUAGUAGGCCGACUGAUCAGGAGGUUAGCCUCAAUACAAACAGCCGGCACGAAUGGCUUGUAAAAUGGCACAAUCUUGAUUAUGAUCAAGUGAGUUGGGAAUCAGAAGAUUAUUCAUGUUUCAAGAAUCCUGAAGGUCAAAGGUUGAUUCAAGAAUAUACAACCCGCCAUAACAGGGCAAAGAUGACACUGUUGCCUGGAUGCAACGAGGUUCUUGAAAAACGAAAGGUAGCUAAUGUGAAACAUGGCAGAUAUACAGUUGGGGGAGUUGACAGUUUCUAUCAGAACUCGGUCAAUAAGCUCCGUGAAUUUCACCAUAAGGGACACAAUGCAGUUUUACUAGAGGAGCAGGAUCGAAUUGUGAAAGUGAUACAUUUUAUUUCUUCAUUAGUGACAAAUGUCCAUCGGCCUUUUCUGAUCAUUACUUCUCACGCAUCUCUGUCUUCCUGGGAGGAUGAGUUUGUGCACUUGGCAUCGUCUAUCAAUGUUGUGGUUUAUGGUGGAAGUGCGAAUGCACGUAAUAUAAUAAGAAGUCUGGAGUUCUAUGAAGGUGACCAAGUGAUGUUCCAAGUACUUUUAUCUAGUCCUGAAGCUAUUGCCGAGGAUGUUGAGGAGUUGAUAGGCAUUGAAUGGGAAGCUGUAAUUGUUGAUGACUGCCAGCAGUCCUCUAUAAUGGCUUAUUCUGGUUGUAUCAGGAAUUUGACUACUGGUUGGAGAUUACUCUCUAUAAAUGCACAAUUGGAGGACAAUGCUGAUGAGUAUAUCAAAAUUUUGUCUUUGCUGGGGCCUGGUUGUAGUUUCAGUCAAAUUACCGAACCAGCUGCCAAUUUGAAUGGAGAUUUUGAUGAUUUGAAGGAUAAAUUGUCAUCUUCCAUUAUUUUUGCAAGGUUUAUUGAAUACUGGGUUCCUGUAGAGAUCUCCAAUCUCCAGCUUGAACAGUACUGUUAUUCUAUAUUUUCAAAAUCAUCUGAACUUCGCACAUUUUCAAAGAAUGAUCCAAUGGGCUCCCUACGUGAAAUUCUUAUUUCAUUACGGAAGUGCUGUGACCAUCCUUAUAUUGUGGAUCCAAAAUUGCAAUUAUCUCUAACUGAAGGUCUUUCCGGUGGUGCUGAUGCUGUGAUGGAUUUGGGUAUUAGAGCUAGUGGCAAGCUACAUCUUCUUGAAAAACUCCUCUCGGAGUUGAAGAAUCAAGAAAGGAAAGUUCUUAUCCUUUUCCAGCAAACAGGUGGUUCUGGAAGAGACAUCACAGGAAAUAUUCUUGAUGAUUUUCUUAGUUGGCGAUUCGGUUCAGACUCUUAUGAACAUGUUGAAAGUGGAUUAGUCCCUUCCAAAAAGCAGACUGCUUGCAACCAAUUCAACAGUUUGAAAGAGAGAUUCUUUCUUUUACUGGAGACACGAGCUUGCAGUCCAUCCAUUAAACUGUCAUUGGUAGAUGCUGUUAUUAUAUUUGACAGUGAUUGGAAUCCUCUUAAUGAUCUAAAGGCACUACAAAAGAUCAAUAUAGAUUCAAAGCUUGAGCAGAUCAAAGUCUUUCGCUUGUAUUGUCCGUAUACUGUUGAAGAGAAAGUUCUUAUCCUUGCAAAGAAUGAUGUGAUACUUGACAGCACUCUGCAAAAUAUUAGUCCAAGUUCUAGUCACACUCUCUUGAUGUGGGGUUCCUCGUACUUGUUUUCAAGGCUAGAUGAGUUUCAUCAUGAGAGUUUUACUUACUGCAAAGACAAAAUUGCAUAUGGAUCUAAAGUUUUGGCUGAUGUUAGUCAAGAGAUCACCUAUCUUUUCAAAAAUCAUAAAAGGCCAACCAAGUAUAUAUCAGUAGCUCGUCAGAGUGCUGGAAGUUAUCUCAAGUGUAUACCCUUGAUUGGAGAGAAGAAAAUUGAGCUAGAUGAAGGAAUCCGAUCACAAGAUUUUUGGACAAAUCUAUUUGAAGGAAAGAAACUUCAGUGGAGGUUUCUUCCAGGUUCACCCCAGAGGAAUAGAAAGCGCGUUCAUUACUUUGAGGAGUUACCAUCAGAAGCUCAAAAUGAUGAAGCAACAAAGAGACGUAAAAAGAUGGAUAGCACUAAGGUAGAUUCUUCUUCUUGGCAAGCUGAGUCAAGGCUAGAAAAUAAAAAUUCUGGGAGCAAGGAACAUCAUGAAAAAUCUGGAACGGCUCCUACCAGUAACUCAGGAACAUUGCCAAACACAAACCCUGAUCCUCAAAAAGACAUUGGUUUGUCUGAUCUCACCAAUGGUACUGAUGUUGCUGAGCUUGAUGAGGUUAAAAAUGUGCAUAACGAACAAAGGGGUCUUUUUGAAUUUUUAAAGCCAAUUAUGACACGCCUUUGUGAAGUUCUGCUGCUUAAGGAUGAUGGGAAAAAAUUAGCUCUUGAAUUUCUUGAAUUUCUUGUCAAGCAUUAUCGUGUCAUGAGAGAACCUGAGACUACAUUACAGGCGUUCCUACUAUCAGUGUGUUGGACUGCAAUGGAGGAGCUGAAGAAUAAAGUUGAUCACAAAUCGUCUCUCAGCAUCGCUAGAGAAAGGAUGGGUUUCAAUUGUUCAGGAAAUGAGGCUGAAGAUAUAUAUUCAAAGUUAAAACUGAAAUUGGAACUUUCUAGGCCUAAAACAGAGAAUGGUUUUGAGAAAUAUAUGAAGAAGGUCGAAAGGGCAUGUAACAAGAAAAUGGAGAAGCUGAGGGAAAAGCAUGAUGAAGAACUCGAGAAAUUUGAAAAAUCCUUUGAGGAUGAGAGGAUGAAGCUAGAAAAAAGGUGUAAAGUGGAGUCAGCCUUUAUCCGUGCUACGCAUGCCAACUCUUCAGUUGGAAUUGAUAAGUUGAGGGCCUUGGAUAAAGAUUAUGCUAAGAAGAUGGAAGAGCUAGAGAGGAAAAUUUCAAUUCGCCGCAAAGAACUGGAAGCUAGGCAUCAGAUUGAAAGAAAUGCUGAACAGGAGAAGAUAGCUGGUCAUAUGGAACGAGUUAAAUCCUUGAGUCACCAUAAGGUGCCGGAGGAGUCUGAUGGUCAGAAUGGGGUCAAAUCUCAAGUUGCAGAACCUAUUGUGUUGGAUAAAAAUUCAAAUGGAACAGUUUCGAUUAAUGGAAAUUUUCCAACGCAGCAAGAUUCGGAGAGAGAAGCAUCUAAGGCAACCAUGGAUGUUACGGAAUCAAUAGUUUCUGCGUUGCGUGAGGAUAUGGAGAACUCAAGUACACAGAGACUGACCUGUGAGAUUGAUGAUUCUAUAAAUGCUUCGGAGAACAUAGCAGCUCUGAAGGGUGAUGGCACUGGAACGUGUCGACCAGAACAGCUGUGUGCUUCUUCUACUGGACAGACUGAUAAAGAUACCAAUUCAACGGAUGAUGUGAUAGCAGAUAGCUCAAGUGCUCUAGUGAGAGAUCAAAUUAAUGAAGCUAGCUCCUCCAAACAGCAACUUACUUCUGAUACGACCCAGGGCCAUGGAGAUGACUCUCGUAAUAGGGUGGAAGAGCUAGUGUCGCAUGCUACUAGAAUACCCAAUAUUUUCGGCAUAGAUGAAACACCUCCAGUAAACUCCAACCAUGUAUCAGUACGGCAAGAUAGAACAAGCGGUUCUAUGGAAUGUUCUUUAGAUGCGUGGGUCAACAACAAUCAAAUAGAUUUUCCUCCAAAUAGGAGACUUGAUAAUCAGCCAAGUGAAAAUCAUAACUCUACUGAGUAUACCACUACCUCACUUCAUCAGGAUCACAAUGGUGGCAAUCAAUCAGGUGAAGCUGUUUCACUGCCCCUUCCACAGUUGGCAGCUGAUCAAUCUACUAACACAAAUUAUGUCUCAAAUGGAACUUAUGCACCGAUACCUGGAGUUGUCACUUCUCAUGGAAGCCACCCAAGUAGAGUACAAGUGCCUAUUUCUGCUAUCCCCCGGGCUCAAACAUCCUUUCCUGAUCCUCUUGAAAUUGAAUUUGAUAAUGCACAUAGAGAGAUGCAAUUAAUCAUGCAUAAUCAUGAAGGAGAGAAGUUGAAGCUGAAAACAGAAUGUGAUAAAGAAAUUGAGGAAGUCAUUGCUCAAAUUAGAAUGAAAUAUGAGAAGAAGCUCAAUGAGGCAGAGUCAUCAUUUUUGCUCAAGAGGAAUGAGCUUGAAUUGUAUAAAACCAAGGUCAUGAUGAACAAGAAAUUGGCAGAAGCCUUUCGAUCUAAAUGCACAGAUUACAAGGCAUCUUCAAAAAUCCAACAAGGUAUGCCUUCCAAUCCUAUACAGAGUGCCUCUCAAUCGUAUCAUACAAGACCUUCUCUUCCUGCUGGUUUAUUUUCUACUACGCCGCAAUCUGUACGCGGUGUUUCUCCUGCUACCUUCUCGACGCAAUCCAGAAUCGCACGUAUGAACCCUGCAGCACCAACUGCAAGACAACAGCAGCAAGUUCGGCGUGAAGCACCUGCUGAAUCCACUCACAAUCAGUCCUUUGUAUCUUCUCCACGCGCCAUUUCUUCAAAUAGUAUGUUCAUCAUACAGCCAACUAACAAUCCAACGUCUACCACAGCACUGUCACUUCCAAUACCUCCACCUCCACCUCCACAACCACCAUUAUCUCAAUUAAACCAUCGUGUUCAAUCUGAAGGUUCGAUGGGGAAGGCAUCUCAAGUUAGUUUACAGUCAAGUGCGACUGAGUUGCGUGAAGGAGACGUUAAUCAACCUUCUAACAACGUACUUCCUUUGCCAGAUAACGUGAGAAAUUGCGACUCUUGGGACUUGUCUCAAUUUGAGGAGGCAACAAAUAUACAACCACCUUCAUCUUCUUCUAAUGUAGAUGUAGUUUGCUUAUCUGAUGAUGAGUGAUUAAAGACAUUAUCUUUGGAAAUUUUUAUUAUCGUCCUCACAAUUUAAUCUAGUUGGGGCUUUAAGGAGUAGAAGCCCGUAGUGUGCAAGUUGUAUAGUCAUUUGCCACUAUGUGACAUUGGCUUUGUAACUACUAACCGCUAAUAGUUGGUUUUGCAACAAAUAUAUUUAGUGCUGGUUCUAAUUGCAUUUCUUUCU